CUGUGGCCUGUUUCCCUUGUCCAGAUUGGAGCAGCUCUGUUCUUACUGCACCCUGCUGCUGGACUCCUGUCUCCAAAGAGCACAGAGAUGGGGACUGCAAGUUAGAAAGCCCCUGCACAACAAGCAAGACUGUAUGCUGACCAUGAACGUCACCACAAGUUUUUAGUGGCACCUCUAGUUUGAGGGGAACAGACUGGCUAAGAAAUAUCUCCUGUGAUUUUAUGCACAAGCUCCCAACUUCUGCCAUCUGAACAACGUUCCUGAGGUGACAACCUCAUACUUCCAGCAGCCGGGUGAUAAAGCUGUCUGCAUUCAGCUUCUCGUAUGCCGUUUUGUGGCCACACUCUCAGUCCCGACUGGGAAAAGGGCAGAAAAUGCAUAGGAUCCCAGCUGGGUGUGGAAACCUGCUCUUACCUGUAUCAGCAGAGACUCUGAGUAUGCCAGUACACUGAUGCAAUAGCAUUUUGCUCCUCUGAGCGUGGGCACAGCACUGAAGAUGAGCAUUGGUCAGGGAGUGCCAGCACUGACUCUGUGCUAGCACAGCUUCUCCUACUGAGCAUUUAUGGGGGCAGCCCUACAGCGAAGGGGUGGCCAUGGCAGCAGCAGGCUGAGCAAUCUCUCCCCCCAGGCUGUGCCUCCUCCAGGACCUUCCCCAGUUGCUGGGUGCCCACAGAGUCGUUGUGACAUCAUGGAGCUCUCAGUGACUGCACUGUGGGGCACCUGGUGCGUUACCAGAUGUUCACAGCAGGGAAGGAGCAGCACAGUGCUCAACAUGGGGAUCUCCUUCAUGUUUAAGCGCUGUGUGGCUUUUCUGUUCCCUGGCAGCCUCGGCCAUUCCAGCCCCCCCUCUUGGGCCACCCUUAUGUGGGACACUGUCCAAACCUCCAACCUGUGCUCCCCAGAUGACCACCUUUUGCCCUCCUGUGCCCAGCUGGAUGCAAUCAUGGAGGUGAUCAGCAGGAACGGCCCAGCCCUGUGCCUGCUCAGCGGGAUGUUGUUUGUGGCCAUUUUUAUAUGUAGCAAAGCCUGGAGGAGAUGGAAGGAGAACAUGAGCCAUCCACAUCCAGCUUUCACGGGGACUCACAGCUACAGCACGAACAUUGUCCUUGAGGAGCUCUGCCGGUUGGAAGCAAAUGUCACCGUGAUGCGGAAGAUCAUGAGGAGGCUGCUCCUGAGACUCCCAGAAGCUGGCAGGACCAAAACAAAGAAGAGAAAGAGGAGAGACGUGGAAGAGGAGGAGCGUCUUAUCUUUACCUGAGUGCCCAACCAGAGCUCCUGAGUGGUUCUGGGAGGGAAUUGGGAUCGUUCCCUAUGAAUAAAGGGUAGGAACUUGA